CCGUACGCACACUGGUACUUAACCGAUUUACGAACCUCCCGCCUGGAUUGAACCGGACGCGUUAAUACAGAAUGUAGGCGUGUUCGUCGUGCCCGAAAUUUCAUAAUAAAAAUCUCGAUACAGAACAUUAACUUUUAUCAAAAUAAUAUGUCUGAUGUCGAAAAGUUUAGCUCGUUUGAAGUUGGCCAACGCUUUCGAUGCGAACGCAAUACAACGCAUGUUUUGUGUCUUCGUACGUCGGGCUCGAAUACAUAAAUGAUAAUAAUCAUAAUAAUGACAGCGGCACAGCGGGUACCUAAUUACUAUAAUAUAGUCCGCAGCUUACAUUUACCGCUCUUCCAUCGCCCCACCACCAAACACCCGACAACGACUAUGCACGUUUUCCCGUGGCAGUAGGCAGAUGAAAAAUUGAUAAAUCACAUCCAUUGCUGUUGACUUGUGUUCAAUCUUCAAUCUACUACCGUUGUGUCAAAUUGUUGGUAUUGUGCUACACAUCCUAAUUUUUGUGCUUCAUAUUUGAUAAGAAGAAAUAUUUCUUUUUCUUACCUGGCAUAAUGACGUACCAGACAGUUAAAACAUUUUACAAAAACAAAAACAUAUUCCUAACUGGUGGUUCUGGUUUUGUUGGAGUUUCUUACAUAGAAAAAGUACUCAGAAGUAUGCCGGAUGUCGGGAAUAUAUUUAUUUUACUUCGCCCACGAAAGGGACAAGGCAUCCAAGAAAGAUUGGAUACUAUGAAAAACAAUUCGGUAUUUGAUGUUAUCAAAACUUCUGAAGGUUUUGAUGAAUUAUUAAACAAAAUAAAACCUGUAUGUGGAGAUAUAUCUGAGGAAAAUUUGGGAUUAUCAGAUGACGAUUUCAAAAUGUUAUGUGACAAUGUUAAUAUUGUGGUUCAUUGUGCAGCCACAUUAGAUUUUGAAACCGAUCUUAAAACAGCUAUAACAGUAAACUUAUUGGGUACCAAACGUAUAGUAGAGCUAAGCAAAAAAAUUAAAAACCUUCAAUGUUUGUUGCAUGUGUCUAGUGCCUAUGUUAAUAGUAAUAAAAAUUAUGCAAUGGAAAAAAUUUAUGAUGCACCAGCGAACUAUAAUGAUGUUAUUAAUUAUGCUCAAACUAUGGAUACCGAGAAAUUAAACAGCAGUGCUGAAAAAAUUAUGGGAGAUCACAUUAAUACUUAUACAUUCACUAAAGCUUUGGCUGAACAUGUCAUUAAUGAUGCCAGAAAUAUUAUUCGUACCUGUAUAGUACGACCAAGCAUGAUUGUUGCUGCAUGGAAAGAACCCAUUGAAGGCUGGACAGUAUCAAAAAAUGGUCCUCAAGGAUUCAUAAUGGGUGCUUCAAAGGGUGUAGUAAGGCGUUUACCAGUAAACAAGUUUUUAAUAUAUGAUUAUAUUCCAGUAGAUGUAGUAAUAAAUACAAUGAUUGCUGGUACAUGGUUUAGUGCUCAAUUGCCAGAUAGUACACCAACCGUAGAUGGACAAACGCCAAUAUUUCAUUCUACAACAAGCACAUGUAAUCCUUUCCGUUGGAAUGAUAUCUCAUCAAUAUUGACAACUACUUUACAUAAAUAUCCCAUACGUGGAGCUGUGUGGUAUCCAAAUAUAAAAUUUUUGCCCAAUUUAUUCAUGUAUUGGAUUUCUUCGGCCAUUUUUCAUUUUAUUCCAGCUUAUAUAUUAGAUUUUGUUACCAAAAUUUUUGGUGGAAGACCAAUCCUUGUACGAUUACAUAAAAAUGUGAACCGAUCACUCAGCAAACUUGCACCAUUUAUUUUUAACGAAUGGAAAUUUGAUAAUGCCCGUACACUUUGUCUACAAGAAGAAUUAAGUGUGGACGACCAAUCUACAUUUUACAUUGAUCCUACAUCCUUAAAUUGGACUCCAUAUUUUAUAAACCUCACAUUAGGUGUACGGAAAUAUUUACACAAAGAAAGUGAUAAAACAAUGAAACAAGCUAUAAAGAAAAAUUUUAUGUUGAUGUUGGCUAAUACUGGUAUUCAGUUAUUGGUAGUGACUGGAAUUUGGUAUUUAUCUUCAUUCAUAACUGGUACACCAUUCUUAUCCAACUAUUGGGCUGCAUUAAUAGUUGUUGUUUUCGGAUAUAUUUUUUAAGUUCACUAAUUGAUAUAAUAGUAGUUAAUAGUUUUCAAUAUGGAUUGGCUUUGGUUUGUAAUUUAUAAAAAAUACCAUUGAAGUAAUUAAAUCAUUAUAUAUAUAUUUAU